AUGUCGGGCCUCAAACGCUCCAACGUGAUUAUCAUCCACCCGGAUCUGGGCAUCGGUGGCGCCGAGCGUCUUAUUAUCGACGUGGCGCUUGCGCUGCAAAACCGCGGCCACAAAGUAACGAUCUAUACCUCGCACUGCGACAAAUCACACUGUUUUGAAGAAGCGCGCGAUGGCACCCUCGACGUCAAAGUGCGGGGCAACACGAUAUUCCCCGCACAUGUAUUCCGACGAUUCCAUGUCCUCAUGGCGAUCCUGAGACAGUUACAUCUCACCAUCUCCGUCUUGGGAGAGAUAGCCCAUACUUCCGACACGAAUGAGAAAAGCACGGUUAGCGAGAAAUUACAAGAUGAUAUCUUCAUCGUCGACCAGGUCCCCGCCUGUGUACCCUUUCUAAAGACGUUUGCGCGACAACGACAACGUAUCCUCUUCUACUGUCAUUUUCCGGACCAGUUGCUUGCGUUUCGCGGGGAGGGAGGGUCUCUCUUGAGUGCUGUUAAGACGCUUUAUCGGUACCCGUUUGAUUGGUUCGAGGGGUGGGCUAUGAGUGCUUCUGAUAAGGUUGUUGCGAAUUCGAGGUUUACGAGAGGUGUUGUCAGUGAGGUUUUCGGGGGUGAGAAGCUUGGCGAUGUUAGUGUUGUCUAUCCGUGUGUUGACACGGAACCCGUGGCUUCGAAGGAGCCAGUGGUUGUGAAGGAUGGGCAGGUGCUGUGGGGUGGGAAGAAGAUCCUUUUGAGUAUUAAUCGGUUCGAGAGGAAGAAGGAUAUGGCGCUUGCUAUCCGUGCGUAUCAUGGGUUGGGGCCGGAGAAGAGGAAGGGGACGAGGUUGGUUGUUGCUGGUGGUUAUGAUAACCGGGUCCAGGAGAAUGUGCAGUACCAUCGGGAACUGGAUGAGCUUGCGACUAGUCUGGGAUUGCAGACUGCUACAUCUAAGACGGUUAUUUCGGCCCUGUCCGUGCCUGAUUCCAUUGAUGUGUUGUUUUUGUUGUCCGUGCCCUCUGCGUUCCGGGAUAUGCUCCUCGAGCACGCGAAAUUGCUCCUUUAUACGCCUAUCAACGAGCACUUUGGCAUUGUACCUGUUGAGGCCAUGCGCGCUGGAAUCCCCGUCCUGGCGUCGAAUACCGGCGGCCCGUUGGAGACGAUCGUCGAGGGCGAAACGGGGUGGCUCCGCGAUGCCAAGAAGGAUGCCGACUGGACAGCGGUCAUGGAUAAGGUGCUCUACGGAAUGGACCAGAAGGAGUUCGACAGGAUGUCCGUUGCGGCGAAAGAGAGGGUGGAGCAAGAAUUCUCCCUAACGGCCAUGGGCGACCGACUCGAGGAGGAGAUCUCGGGCAUGCUCGCGCGCGAGAGACGUCCAUCAUUCACCCUCCCAAUCCUCUCCUCAGACUGGGACCUCCCCGAACCCACCUACAACAAUGACGAUAACAACGACUCCUCCAACGCCCCGAAACGACUCCGUCUAAGCGAAGAGCCCAGUCCACUCAAACCGCCCUCGCCGAAACCAGCGCGCCCCUCGCAUAUCCCGGCAUCGAGGAACCCGCUGUUCCUUUUCUCGGAUGAUAUUCUGCCUUCGUCGGAUGGGCCACAGGCUUGUGAGGGUGGGGAGGAGGAUCCGAUUGUUUUUACGUCUUCGGCUCCGGGGCCAGACAGUGUGGCUCGGGUGAGGGAGGGCGGAGGGCGCGGGGCGAAUACGAUUACGAUUGAUGAUGAUGAUGAUGAUUAUGAUUUCGGUGGUGGUGGGAAUGGAGGUGUUGGGAGGGGAGAUGCGCGCGACGAGAUCGAGGGCUUUAGUGAUGAGAUCGGGAUGUCGGAUUUGAAUGAGUUGCUUGGGGUGGAUACCACAACGAAUAAGCGGCCUGGGUUAUCGAGUCGGACGGCGAGUUUGCUGGCGAGUCUUGAUCGGUCGAAGUUGGGGUCUGGUGGAGGAGUAUCGUCGGAUUGGAGGGGGCGUGUUGAUAAGGACGAGGAGGUAGAUGAGGUGGAGGAAGUGGUUCAGUCUCGGAAGUCUAAACCACCACGGAGGACGACGGCUACGAAGCCUUCGAGUGCAGAUAAGGAAGCCAAGGCACGGGAACGGGAGGCAAAUAAGGCGCAGCGUGAGCGGGAGAAACAGCUAGAGAAGGAGCAGAAGCAGAAGGCCAAGGAGGAGAAAGCGCGGGAGAAACAACUUGCGGCUGAUCUUGCGGAGGUAAAUAAGCUGAAGGUGGACAAGAAGGAAUCAACGCCGGAGAUGAUCAUCGAUCUUGCACGGGAAUUCGAGGAAAUGAGCGUGGGCAAUCAGACGGUCGAGUUCAUGAAACGGCUCAAGGUCGAGCAGACGUUUUUCGACAGCGAGAUCCCGAAUGUCGUCAAGUGGCGGCGGAAGGCCACGGCCAGGUACAACGACGCCCUAGGCUACUGGGAACCAUGUCCGUUUCAUAUCCGCGAAGAAGAACACGUUCUUGUUCUCUUAACGGCGCAAGAAUUCGUAGACAUGCACACCAAUCUACCUAAUCGAGGUCUCACAGCCUGGAUGCGCAAGACCCAAAACGCCCGAAACAGAGCCUAUCAAGCCGAAGUCCGCCGCCAAUACUCAGAAUCCCAACCCCAAGACCAACCAACCACCACCACCACCAAUUCCCGCCGCAAGAAAACAACAGCCAAUAAACCCGAAGCCACAUCCCCAGUCUGCGACGACACAAUCGAAGACGCGCUCCUCUCCCUCCAAGUCACACACUCCUGUCUCAUCCACCACACCAACGCAACCGCUGAAUCAGCCGAAUGGAUCAAAAACUUCACAGAACACGUCUCGACCGUCCCCUACCGCCGCGAAAGAAUGGAAGGCAAUGACUCCGCCUUCUGCAUGGACGGAGGUCAGGUCAAACCCGGCGAAAACAAAUCCGAUACCUUUAUCAAAAUGCUCCAGGAAGUAAACCGUGUCACGGCGUCCAUGGCAUACGGCAUUGCGACUCAAUACCCAAGUGCUGUUGAUCUAGUUCGCGGAAUGCGCAGGCAUGGUCCGGCCAUGUUGGAGGAUGUAAAGAAAUCUGCAGACAGAAACGGCGCUCUAACAGAUUCUCGUAUCGGGCCUGCGGCAAGUAAACGGCUUUACAAGGUCUUUAUGGGUCUUGAUCCGUCUGCGACUGAUAUCUGA